UUAAAGUUGUUCAAGUUGGUGAUAAUGAAAGUCAAAAAGAUUCAUCAUUACAAGAUCAUGAUGAUGAUAGUCAAGUUUCAAAAUCAAAUGUUGAUGAUCAAUCAGACAAACGCAGAGUUUCUUUUAACAUUACUAGUAAAAGCUUGAACGAACAACAACAAAUUCUACAAAAAUUAAAAAGAUUUUCAUUAAAUGAAGAUAAAAAAAAUAAAACUAUCACGAGAAGAAAUCGUCAACAACAGCAACAACCACAAGAUGUAAAUAAUUCAAAGCAUCCCAUCUCUCAACUUAAACGUUCUAAUGUAAAAAAGUAUAAAUCGAAAUCGUUAAAAGAAAAUAAAGUUCUGGAGCCUGCUCCAACUUCAAAUCCAUUUUCAACAAAUGAUCCAACUGAUAUGGAUGCUGAUCUGCCUCCAUUAAAUAUUCAAGCACAUCCUUGGCUACCAGGUCCUCCUCAUCCUCCAAAACUUAUCCAUGCAUCACUUAUUCCUUUAUCAAAACAUAAAAGACAUUUAUCAAAUCAUUCAAAUAGACACUCUAGAAAAAUUUCUACUCAUAUCAACAUGGCUUCUCGUAUUAUAUUACAAACUUGCAAUCCAAGAAAACCUCCAUCUAGUAUUUUAUCUUCUGAUACAUUUCGUUUUUCACAAAUUAAUAAUAAUAACGAAUUACAACAAAAAAAUCAAGAUCAAGAACGCAAACAAAAGCGUGAAUCAAUUAUACUGCCCCAAGGGAAUCGUGCUUCUCAAAUAUUCAGGCGUCAAUUACUAGAACAAAGUUUACUAUUAUCUUUUGGUGGAGCUCCAAUCACCAACAACAAUAUCCCUGUAACAACAAUAUCACAUAAUAAUAUUAACCUAAAACCGCCAAGAAGACGUAAAACAAGGAAAGGUAGUAACGCUAAAUUGGAAGACAGAGAAGCAAGACGUGAAAGGCGUAGACAAUCAUCAUCAUUAUCUUCACCUACUAAUAUCAAUGAUUCAACAAUAAUAACAGCAAAACCAUCAUCAAGCUUUCAUCAUCUUUCACCAACCAUAAAAGUUUCUGUUAUAGAUGAUAAAUCUUCUACUAAUUCAUCAAAACUUUAUCCAACAUCUGUAAAUACUACAUCUCCAUCAUCACAAUUUACAACACAAACAAAAACUACGCCUACCGAAGAAUUUGAAAAAAAUACUAUCCAAAUUAAUAAUGAUAAUUUAGAAAGUUUAUUCAAUAGACAAUUAAAAGUUGAUAAUAUAGCAACACCUCCUGCAUCUUUACGUAAUUCUCCUACAACACCUCAAUUCCCGCUUUCUCCUAAAUCUCCAACAAUAACACCAUUAUCGCCUACAUCACCGAAACCUCCAUUGUUAAGUUCAUCUUCAUUAGCAUUACCUGCGACAAACAAUCGAAUAACGUCAACAGCAGCUCAUGCGAAUAAUAAUAACAAUAAUGAAGCAGAUAGAUUAAGAAAAAUGCAAAAAUUUGAAGCAAUAAUUGCCAAUUCAGAAAUGCCUACAAAGAAAUUAAAAGCAGCGACUAAUACAAUACAAUCUGAUAAGAAUGAAUCUGUUUUAUCGUCGCCAUCGUCGCCAUCAUCAAAUUCCGUUUCGCAAAUUUUGGAAAGUCCUUCAAAUCGCAAAGCUUUUGCUCUAGCGAAUAAAGUUAAUAGUGCUGGUAAUAAUGUUAUCAAUAAUAUAAAUAAUGAUGAUAACGAAAGUGAUAAAUUGUCAGUAAUAUCAAGCAAUUCAAUGUCACAUUCUAUAAUAGAGUCAAUUGCACCAUCAGAAACUGAACAUUAUAAUCCAGAAGAAGAAGUGGGAAAACAAGGUUCAAUAUGUGAAGAUGGUGUUAUAAGGGUAACAUUAACACCAGCUACAAUGAUCCUUGGUAAUGAAAUAAAUCAAAAUCUGCCUGUACUUAUUUUUAUUUUUGCUCGAUUCAAAAAACAAGACGAUGAAGAUGUAUCAGGUAAAUCUAAGGAAUGGUUAAGGGCACAAAAUGGCAAGCAAGCCAACGGUUAUUUAGAAGAAACUUUAUCGAAAAAUUGGACAACUGAUGAAUUUUGUAAAUGGUAUAUAUCAAAUGAGAGCUUUGCAGAAGACAAAAGAAGAAUAUUGGAUCACAUUAAGAAAAAUACUUUGAACAACUCAAGCUCACCAUUCAGAAUAAACGAAAGAGUUCAGCGAUUAAAGAAUAUAUUCACACGAUUGGCUGAAAUUGAAUAUAUUAAGACAGCACAAUUGCGGAACCAUAUAAAUGCAGCAGUAAAGGUGCACAAUCAGAUUGCUGAAAAUUUUGUAGCAGUUGGUCAGAAAUGGCAAAAGAGUCAUGAAUAUAAAGAUAAUAGAGGUAUUUUGCAGGAUUCUCAGCAUGAUGUAAAUCAAGUGGAAAGCAUUUAUUUAAAAGAACUUGCCUUGGUUGAGGCUGAAAAGAAAGUUAUGGAUUCACAUCCAAAUCUACUGGAGCCAGUUGAUAAAGAUAUUAAAUAUCUAUUAGAUAAAUAUAAUCUAGCUCUUAAACAAGCAAGAACAGAUUAUCAUAUUAACCUUGAUCAACUGGGUGAUGUUAUCAACAAAAACCCAUUUUCAGACAUGACUGAAAGAAAUCCAUACAAAUUUAGCAGAGAUUAG